AUGGUGGAGGUGUUGUGGGCCAAUGACCAACUGCAGAAGCAGCAGAAGAAAGGCAAGGUGCUGCAGGGCUUCAAGGAGAUGCCCAUCGCCUUUGCACCCACAUUCAAAUUCCUGCGCGGUACGGACGAGUACGACCUACGCCGCGCGCCUUCCUGGACCGACCGGGUGCUGUACCUCGUACGAGCAGAUCCAUUGUUCGCCGAUUUGAAGCCGCUGUACUACAUGUCGGUUCCGGAGCUUCGAACCAGUGACCACAAACCCGUGAUCGCGGGGUUUGAGCUGUCUAUCUGUCCGCAACACGCCGGGGACAACCGACACGCCCAGCAGCGUGGCUGCGCCAUCAGCUGA